AUGGCUCCCUUGUCGGAUCGCAUCUAUUUUCCUUCCCUGGAAGAAUGUCUUUCAGGGAACAAGGUGCUACUGUCAUGGAAGCUUGCCGCAACCGCGCUUUCAGACACCUCAGGUCGUCUGCAGCGUAGCAAUGCGCUCUCCGAAUUCUUCUCCGACGAAUAUGUUCAUGGACUGCUGAAGAACCCCAUCGUCGCCUUCUCACCUCCCGACGACGCCUCCAGGAAGGAUUUCGAGACCAAGACCGCGCCGAUCAACGUGACAUCUGCCUCGACCCAGAAGUUCGAUAUCAAGAUUUUGAAAGAUGAUGCCGAGUGGUUGAGCAAGAACGCCAAAACGAACCUAGUCGCAGCGCUGCGGGUUGUCAUCGCCGAGCAUCAGUCUCGCUCCUCGCGCCAUCUCGUCGGGCCACUUUCCUCACAAGAUGCCACCAACCUGCAAGAAGCUGCCGGCCUGAAGGAUGGACAGACUGCAUCAUUCUUAUCAGACCUGGGCUCAGCCGCUGCUUUGGAUGCCGAUGAAAUAUCGGCCGAAUUCGAGAAGCAGGAAGCUCGCCGCACGCGCCUAUUCGAAACCCUACUCAGCGAACGCCGACACUAUAUGAUGGCCGUCGACUACGUCAACUCUAUAAGACUAUAUGGACGACUUCCUAUCUAUGCCAAAGACUGCGAGAGUAUCAACGAAUCAUUCAAAUUCAGCACGCGGCCGACCAAGGAACAAAUCGAAGCACUCCUUCCGGCGUACUUCAAGGUGCUCACCGACUGCACUGGACGAAUAGAGUCCGGCCUGCUUCAAACUACGGACGAUGCAUUACUUUCCAACGAAAAGACUGAGAUGGAAUGGCUGCGAACACUGUUCACCGAAAUUGUUCAUGCUCUCUCUGUCAUUUUCCAGCUCGUGGACAGCUUAGGGGACGAAUUUGCUCCGCCGAGCUCUGUAACGCAAUGGUUUUCCUUAAUGGAAAUGUACAACUUCUUCGAGAAUGUACAGCCUAUUCAUGAGAGCAUUGCUGAGCUGAUAACACCGCUCAGAACGCUUGCUACUGCUGUUUCAGUCAUCAUGCUGAAGCCUAAACGCUCGCUCGGCUACUUGAACGAAAAGGAUGAGGAUUCUGGGCAGCCUGACGAUGCGUUCGACUCAUACCUGUUGUCGUCGGAAGUACUCGAGCAAAUCCACAAGUGUAUACUUAACGCGGCGAGCAUGGAUAUUGAAAGCGCAACACCUGCCAUCUUUACUUGGGCCUUGCUCCUUCACAGGCUCAAUGCCUCCCACCAUAAUCGAACCGAGAAGAGAGACAACCUCUUGCAACAGAAUGCGAGAGAGAGGUUUGAGUCUGGAGAGACCCCACGCCCAACUCUGGGUCGACGAAAUUCCGCUGGCAGCAUGUUCUCAAUCGAGUCAACAAAGUUUGACAACUUUCUAGAAAACGCCACUACUCCGCGCGAUGCUCAACUCGUGGAACAGCUGGCUACGAGUGUGACUACUGGUGGUAGAGUGUUUAAUACCAUGGGUAUCAUGGCAAAUGCCCUUGGACCGACGUUAUCAGGCUUCGCAUCUCCUUUGUUGAGCUCGCGCAUUCGGAUCGUCUUCGCCGAUGUCCUCACAGUCAGCUACGGUUAUAUCGGAUACCAAGCGGAGACCCUUGCUUGCCUAUUUGACUUACUAUCGCCUGGUCGUGGUUAUUGGGAUUUGGCCUCGGUCCAAAGCCUUCGCACGUCUGGUGAUACCGUCUCUUCAUUUAUUAAUGACGAUAUUCUUAUGCACUGGUACUUUCAGCACGCCACGAACCGAUAUCCAUUCGAGUUUCAGCCAUUCAUUUCCAUCUGCAAAUCUCUUUGCACUGUUACCGGAGAAAAUGACGACCAGCGCUAUUCGGACGUGUUGACUCUUUUGCGGAACACGCCGACCCUGACUCUUAAGCUACCGAAGGGCUUCCAAGGCUACGAACUUAUUCACGAGGACGAGAACACAAAUUCUUUCUGUUUGACGCAUGAAAUUCCCCUUAUCACACUUUCGUCCUCAUGGAAGAAGAGGCAGAUGGACGACGACGCCUAUCGUCUGCCUCAAGGGACCCAAGGACGAUUCAUCACAGACAGCGGACGAUUGGCUCUUGUCGAGUACCCGCACUCGACCCUGUCAUUACUCGGUCGCCGCCUGGAAAUUUAUCUGAUGAAAGAGGGAUAUCAGUGCCAGUUUGAAUCAUUGGAACCUGAUGAGGUUGUCGAUGUCGUCGAGCUCUUUGCCAAAUUGAUUCGCAUGGAGCAUCUCAAGCUGUCUGGCAACCCUGAUGCGUUGAUGCGCCAAGACGAUGACAUCCUUUCGGAGGCUAGCAAACAUAUCAGUGGUGGAAAGGAUAUUGUCACUGUUGUUUGCGAAACUAUGGACUACUUCAUGGAAGAGGAGUUGGCCACGACGGAAGAAUCUGCCAUCAAGGUCAUCACAGCUUGCAUAAAAUUCUUGGACGCUAUCUUGCCUGUUCAACCCAGCAGAGUAUGGUCCUACCUCGCUCGCAGCGAGCUACUGAGCUCCGAAUCAAGAGCUGGGAAACUCUCCAAACUUACUGGCAGCCUUGACUUGGUAUCUGAGCGUCUUGACUUCCUGAACUCCGCCCUGUUAUUCUUCUCCAACGUUGUUGAUACUGCACUCGCCUCUGGUGUACAACGUCAAGCCGGAAACAAGGCACGCAGCAGGCAACAAGAAAUCAACCCGUGGGUGGGCACCUCGGAUAAGGUACUAUCCAAAGUGAGUCUGGCUAUAGCCAAUGCUGCUGUUGACAUAUUUGAAAACACUUCCACUUGGCGCUUCGACGCAGAGAUUAGCCGUGUGUCUCUUCUGAACAGCGUCGUACCCCUGCUCAGCAAGAUCAUUCACCACAGCUAUAGCAUGGGGAAGUCAGGCGAUUCUGAUAACCUUACAGCUUGCCUGAGGCCGGCGGCCACCUACGUCAUUGACUGCUUUCUUUCGCCAUCUAGUGGAACUCUCAGAUUCCAGCCAUUGCUAUAUUCCUUCAUCUCCGCCCUCCUUACUCCAGAGUCUACUCUGUAUCCUACGAAAGCAAGCCUUGUCCGCAGCGAGGUCAAGUCUGUUCUCUUUUUUGCUGCGUCUCUUCUCCGAGCUGCCAACUAUUUGGAACGAUCCUCGACUAUGCUGGAGAGCUAUCUCUUCAAAAGCUCUACGUUAUUAGCUCGCUUGUGCGCUGUCUCGGAUCUCUUCCGCACACCUAUCCUGUCUCUUUUGCAGGCACUAGUCUCAAAUGCAGGCAAGGGCUCCAGUGAACCUCCAUCGCUGCUGGGAUAUCUUGGGCCUCAUGUAUCAAAGUCCUUCCUAAGUCUUCUCUCUGGUUUAGGCGAACCAUUUGCCUUGCAAGCGGACGUUGAAACAAUCUGGAGUUUCUUCUCCUCAAUUCUGCGAAACCGCCAGCAAUGGAUGUCUAAUUGCCUUCUCACUGGCCAAACGCCACGAGAAGCGAUGGCUAAAGACAGCAAGAAAACCGAUAUUUCAGAUGACUCGGUCUUUGCCACUGCCUUGUCCAAGUUGAAGAACAUUAAGGAUUUGGAAUCUACAGAGGCACUUGCUAUCUUGGAUUUUGUUGCUUCGGCGCAAAAUUACUGGCCAUGGACCGUUUUCACAUUGCAGAACGACACCUCAUACCUGGACGGCUUGCGCUCAUAUGUGCGCGCCUUGAAGCCUUCGCAUCUUGUCGUUAAGUCUGAUAGUAUUCGCGCUUGCCGUGAGGCUAGACUAGCUGCGUACAUUGCCGAAACAUUUGCUAUGCAGUUGUAUCAUUCACGACACCUGGGAAGUGCAGAUGAAUUGGCCAAAAAACUUGUCAACGACCUGGAUUACUAUUUGCGCGAUGGUGUCGAGGUUGCUGGCUACAACAAGUCACUGCACAACAACUUUGCAAAGAACUUUGCAAACAAGUAUUACGGCUGCUCUGUCGAAAAUUUCAAGCGAACAUCUUUGGAGCCAGGCCACCUUGGAACCGACUACUACUACGACCUAGAGCAGGCGGAUACAUUGUUACGAUUCGACCCCGGAUGGCUCGGACGCAGAUCAAACGGAUUUAAGAAUGAAAUGGAGCUGGCAAACACAAAUCUGUCGCUGGUCGAUGCCCAAAUCGCUCUAUUCCAUUCUUGGGAAUUCUUGCUCGUUGAACUCAGCACCUGCCUCCCGGGACAUGAAACCAUAGGCAAACAGAUGCUGCAAGUCUCACAACAGUGCCUCAACGCCAACCAGAGUGUUCCUGGUCCGGAAAGCAUAUUCUUGAAGCUGGUACAGGGCCGUGCUAAUUUGGCUCUUGUACUCGUGCAGCGCCUGGCCAAGUCCAAGCUACCCGUGAAAGAUAUCAACCAGAUGCUCGGCACAUUGGUCGGUACAAUCAGUGGCGUGGAUGACCCGUUCGCCAGCAGCUCCAUUGCCUACUACCGAGUCCUCCUGAAGGCGCUAUUCGUUGCUCUCCGCGCAUACCACGUGAGCGGAGAAGAAAAGGGUCAGCAGGACGCCUCUGACGAGCCUGUAAACCUCGGCGGAUCAUCCGUUUCAGUAACCCAAACAGUGUUGAGCCUGCUGGACACCGUUGUUGGACGUGGCUUCCGCGCGCUCGUCAGCCUGAUCCACGAUGGCGAUGCCGAAGUCUGCCCAGAGGACUUGGGCUUGCUCACGGCAAUCAUGCAAGCUGCCCUGUCGCUUCCCACGAUUGAGCAAUCCCAGACUCAGGUUCUCAACAUCAUGGCCACUCACGAUGUUGUAAAUGUGGCGACAUCGCUCUAUUCCUGGGCUGACCAGCUGGCGAUCCAAGGCGACCCUGUCUACGGCGAGCUGGCCAUUUUGUUCCUGCUGGAGCUGUCGACCCUACCUCUUGUUGGAGAGCAACUUGCCUGCGACGGUAUCCUCAGCAACCUCUUGUCUGCCAAGAUUACCAAAGUCAUGCUCAAGACCAACAUUUCGCCCAGCUCCGACGCACCAAUUGCGCAGCGCUGCUACGGGAUAUGGGUCAAGGGCCUGCUGCCACUGAUGCUCAACCUGCUCACCUCGCUAGGAGCAGCCGUGGCACCCGAGAUUACCUAUGUGCUGAAUCAAUUCUCGCAUCUACUCAGUGCGAGCGUGGACCGCUUCGAAGCACCAGGUGCUAACCGAACCGGAGCAAAAGUCCCGAAUCAGUACAUCACCCUGCUGGGCACGUCUGAAAUCCACUCGCUGGCUUUGAUUACACGUGUGCUGGCGGCGCUGCGCACAGUCAACAGCCGUGACAUUGGCCCGGUCGAAUGGGACGCCAGUGGGCUGCUCGAGAAUGUCGAGUACUGGCUAACGAGCCGUCGGCUGCUCAAGGAGAAACUGCUCCCGCUGGGCCAGCGCGAGAUGGAGUGGCGGACGAUGAAGAUGGGCGGCGGGGCGAACGAAAACGUCCUCGAGGCCAAGGUCGUUUCGCAGCUUGAGAUUGUACGGGAUGUCUUGAGUGACGAAUUGGAGUAA